CAUCCUGACCCCGCGGCCGGGUGCCGACGUCCUGGACCGCGCGGGCGCUGAGGGAUGCGGAGCGGUGCGCGCAGUUCCUUAUCCAGCAGGCUGAGGAGGAUCAAGCAGGCCCUUUGGAACAUAAGAGUCUAGAAAUUUCCAGGAUCCCAUUGAAAAGGGGAAGCUCUCGUUCUGCUGAGAAAGCACUUAACAAGAGACCAGGGGGCACCAUGGCCGUGAGACCCCAGCCCAGCGCUCCCAAAGCCAAGAGUCCGGGCAGUGUCACCAACGGUGGGGCCACGCCCCAAGGCCAGUGGGGCCGUGCUUGGGAGGUGGACUGGUUCUCCUUGGCGAGUGUCAUCUCGCUGCUGCUCUUCGCGCCCUUCAUCGUGUACUACUUCAUCAUGGCGUGUGACCAGUACAGCUGCUCUCUGACCGCCCCCGUGGUGGAUGUCAUCACUGGGCGCACCCGCCUCUCGGACAUCUGGGCCAAGACCCCCUCGGUGACAGCGCAGGCGGCCCAGAUCUAUGCCAUGUGGGUCACGUUCCAGGUGGCUUUGUACGUGUUGCUUCCCGAUGUCUGCCACAAGUUUCUGCCAGGCUACGUGGGAGGAGUUCAAGAGGGAGCCGUGACUCCGGCAGGGGUCGUAAAUAAGUACGAAAUCAAUGGCCUGCAGGCCUGGCUCAUUACACACCUGAUCUGGUUUGCAAACUCUCAUCUGCUCUCCUGGUUCUCACCCACCAUCAUCUUCGACAACUGGAUCCCUCUGCUGUGGUGUGCCAACAUCCUGGGCUAUGCAGUUGCCACUUUUGCCAUGAUCAAGAGCUACUUUUUCCCCACCAAUGCCAAAGACUGCAAAUUCACAGGCAAUUUCUUUUACAACUACAUGAUGGGCAUCGAGUUCAAUCCACGAAUCGGGAAGUGGUUUGACUUCAAGAUGUUCUUCAACGGGCGCCCCGGGAUUGUGGCCUGGACGCUCAUCAACCUGUCCUUUGCGGCCAAGCAGCAGGAGCUGCACGGCCGGGUCACCAACUCCAUGAUGCUGGUCAACGUCCUGCAGGCCAUCUACGUGGUCGACUUUUUCUGGAACGAAACCUGGUACCUGAAAACCAUGGACAUCUGCCAUGACCACUUCGGGUGGUACUUGGGCUGGGGGGACUGCGUCUGGCUGCCGUACCUCUACACACUGCAGGGUCUGUACCUGGUCUACCACCCCGUGCAGCUGUCGACCCCCCACGCCGUGGGCGUCCUGCUGCUGGGCCUGCUGGGCUACUACGUCUUCCGGAUGGCCAACCACCAGAAGGACCUGUUCCGCCGGACGGACGGGCGCUGCCUGAUCUGGGGCAGGAAGCCCAAGGUCAUCGAGUGCACGUACCUGUCGGCCGACGGGCAGCAGCACCGCAGCAAGCUGCUGGUGUCGGGCUUCUGGGGCGUGGCCCGUCACUUCAACUACACGGGCGACCUCAUGGGCAGCCUCGCCUACUGCCUGGCCUGCGGCGGCGGCCACCUGCUGCCCUACUUCUACAUCGUGUACAUGACCAUCCUGCUCACCCACCGCUGCCUGCGCGACGAGCACCGCUGCGCCCACAAGUACGGCCGAGACUGGGGGCGCUACACGGCCGCGGUGCCUUACCGCCUGCUGCCUGGGAUCUUCUAGAGAGAGGACCGUCCCGGGGGCAGCUCCCCGGGGAGCUGCGAAGAGCAUUCGGGGCCAACUUGAUCAGGGCUGGCCUCGGUUUCCUCAUCUGUUGAGUGGGAAGAAUCUGGACCACGGCUAAUAAAUUUUAGCUCCUUGCCUUUCUCCCGGUCUGUGGGGACUUCUGAGUGUUACACCGACUGACCGCUCACCAGGGGAAAUGAUCCGUUAUCGCUGUUCCGUGUCCCGAGGGCAGGAGCUCUUGGGGACACCUGGUCACCUCUGGUAGCCAUCUGGUGACAGCACUGCCGCGUCGUGUUGGACUGCAGCUGCCACACUGCCCAAACUCGUGCCUGACACUAACAGGGCGUCCUCCAGCGCCCCAUACUAGGACUACAAUAAAGUCCAAGUGGAUACCCGGGGCCUGCCAGUGGUCAGUGCGUUGCCUGUCAGCUCCCUGGCUCCAAGCCCACCCCGCCUUCCCUGCUCAGCCCUCGCCAGUGGGACCCUGUGAACAUGCCCCUUGGCAUGUGCACUGUGUUCACUUCCCAGCAGAGGUGCUGGACGCCACGUGAGGAAGGGCUCCCGGAUCCAGGGCUGCCAUUUUGUCUCCUUCCAGCUCCCGCUGCCCACCAGCCAGAGGCAAGGUGGGGGUCCCCCAGGGCCCUCUGCCGGGAGUGUGCUGACCCAGCGAGCUCACAGUCCUGGCCGUGGCCUCCCUGUGCAGACACUGCCCGCACACACCCCAGGCCUCCCUGCCCUGCUUUCCUGCCGCCCGUCCAACCUAGACGAGGGGCUCCCAGGACCCCAGGGCCCUCCCAGCACCUGCCCGUCAGCCUCGGUCCACUGCCCACCCAGCAGGACUGUGGACAAGCUCUGGCUCUGCAACCCAGAAAACUGCGCUGUCCAGGGCCUUGGGGAAGGGUGUUCCUUGCUGGCAUCUUUCUC